GCGUUGUAGUGACGCCAGCGCUGUAAAUAAACAGGAACGGGGCAUUUAAACGGUCAGCUGUCAGAAACCGGAGCGACGAGGAUUAAACCGGACGCUCUGCUGAACUGAAGACCUGGGUGAUGCUGAGAGAUGCAGCAGCAUGUCUGUAAAAGGAAGAGCGACGUCUGUGUUUUCAGUGAAGGAAGACCCGCCCUGAUCUCCCAGCAGGACUUCACAGAGACACUCCCGACGGAGAUGAGCGUGCGGAUCUUCAGCGAGCUGGACCUGAGGAGCCUGUGCAGCGCUUCGCUCACCUGCAAGCAGUGGAACGACAUCAUCGAGGGCAGCGACUACCUGUGGAGGAGCCACUGCCUGACCGUACUGGCCGUGUGUCGCAGGGACGUGGACGGGGACAGGCAGGACGGACUGACGUGGAAGGUUACUCUGGUGCAUAAUUAUCGGAAGGGCUGCGUGAAGAGAAGGUGGUUAAAGGGCCGGUACAGUAACAUCCGCAGUGCUGACGAUCUCCCACCCAACAGCAUGUGUCCCCUGGACGUGGAGACCUGGGGGGAGAUCCUGGAGGCGGAGCUGGAGCGAUAGACUCAAUAGACUGUUAGGGUGGAGCUAAAUCAACUGAAGUACUGUAUGUGCUCCUCCCUGAUGCACUGGAUCCUUCACUCUGUGGAAUAAUUACCACGAAUUACGUAUUUUAAGGACAUUUUUACGAGCUUUUUUGUAAUCAGUGUAAAACGAAGAUGGACGAAUGCGUCAUCAAAUUGGGGGCUGAUAUGAUUCAUGAUUUCAUUUCUUUUUUCUUUUUUUUAUUUAAAGAAGAAAGCAGCCUUUUUAAUUCAUUAAUGAGGAGUUUAUUACAUUGUAUGACAACACAGAAUGAAUCAUACACAAAAAAAAAGAAAAUCAUAUGUUAGCAUUUACGGUAUAAGGAAUGUACUUUGUUAUUUUGAUCAUUAUUGUUUGUCAUUGAAAAGUAUUAUAUUUUAAAUCUGCACUUAAUAAGAGACUCGAUAAGAGAAUGUGGUGUGCUGUUUAUAUAUAACAAGUGCUGGAACUUUAAUUAUUUUUCUUUAUUUGUGGAUAUUGUUUUUAAAGCUAAUAUAUGAUUUGUAUGUUAAAUUAUCUUCUUUAUUUCUUCUUCUGAAGUUGUUUUGUUUUUUAAUCACAUUUGCCUUUAAUAUUGACAGAUAAACUUCUAGUCAUUUUUUUAAAACAAAAUCAUGCAAAUAUUUGAGUGCCAUCAUCAUCAUCUUCAUUCAAAUAAACAAUAUUUAAAUGCUA